AUGUCUGACACUAUUAAUUCCACAUACCCAUUAGCCGCUCUACUUAUUCAUGCUACAAAACAAGAGGUUACAAAAGAGAAGAUGCAAGCUGUCUUUAAAACACUUGGUUUAGACUUUUCGCCCAAGAUGGCUUCGUACUUUAUGCUAUCAGCUGACAAGUACUCCUCUAUUAUCUCAAACAUCGGAGGAGGCUCACCAGCCCCAUCUUCCAAUGCAUCUGUUGGAUCUGCUACUACGCCAGCAGCUGAGACUGCGCCAGCUACAGAAGAGUCAUCCAGUGAUGAUGUGCCUCUUGACUUCUAA